AAUUUUUUUCUCGUAGUCGCAGACCAAAAUAUUUUAAACGCGAACAGAGCUUCGGCCUCUUCGGUGCUGUUCCGCCCACCCAAGCCACCAAGAAAUCCUCGCAACCUGUCCUAAAGUAAAGCUCUUCCUCCAAUUCCAAAACUUCUCCCCUCCCAAGAGAGCUUAGAUUAAGCUUGAAAAGAAAGCUUUAAUAAUGGCGGAAAGUAGUGCCCCGUGGCAGCCCCGGGAGGAAGGGUUCAGAGAGAUCUGCGGCCUUCUAGAGCAGCAGAUUUCUCAUUCCUCUUCCUCCGCCGACAAGUCCCAGAUUUUGCAGCAGCUCCUGCACUACUCACAGUACCCCGAUUUCAACAACUACCUCGCUUUCAUUCUCGCACGUGCCGAGGGAAAGUCGGUGGAAAUUCGACAAGCUGCUGGCUUACUUUUAAAAAAUAACCUCAGAACUGCAUAUAAAUCCAUGGCUCCUGUAAACCAGCAAUAUAUAAAAUCAGAGUUGUUGCCUUGCUUGGGAGCAGCGGAUAGGCACAUUAGAUCUACGGUUGGGACCAUUAUUAGCGUUGUCGUUCAACUAGAGGGAGUUUUAGGAUGGCCCGAGUUGUUGCAAGCUCUAGUCAAUUGCUUAGACAGUAAUGACAUAAAUCUCAUGGAAGGUGCUAUGGAUGCUUUGUCCAAGAUUUGUGAGGAUAUCCCGCAAGUUCUUGAUUCAGAUGUAUCUGGCUUAGCUGAGCGCCCUAUCAGUAUACUUCUUCCUAGAUUAUAUAAGUUUUUCCAGUCACCACAUGCCUCAUUAAGAAAGCUUUCCCUGGGUUCUGUUAAUCAAUACAUUAUGUUGAUGCCCACUGCUUUAUAUGUAUCUAUGGAGCAAUAUCUCCAGGGUCUGUUUGUUCUUGCUCAUGAUCCUGUCUCAGAAGUUCGAAAAUUGGUUUGUGCAGCAUUUGUUCAACUAAUUGAAGUCCGUCCAUCUUUCUUGGAGCCACAUUUGAGUAAUAUAAUUGAAUACAUGUUGCAAGUCAACAAGGAUACUGAUGAUGAAGUGGCUCUUGAGGCCUGUGAAUUCUGGUCUGCAUACUGUGAUGCUCAGUUACCACUAGGGAAUUUAAGAGAGUUCUUGCCACGUCUAGUUCCGGUGUUGUUGUCCAACAUGGUUUAUGCCGACGAUGAUGAAUCAAUUGUGGACGCCGAGGAGGAUGGGUCACUCCCAGAUCGUGAUCAGGACCUCAAGCCUCGUUUCCAUUCCUCGCGAUUUCAUGGAUCAGAUAAUGCAGAAGAUGAUGAUGAUGACAUUGUUAAUGUAUGGAAUUUACGGAAGUGCAGUGCUGCUGCUCUUGAUAUACUCUCAAAUGUGUUUGGGGAUGAGAUUCUUCCAACACUGAUGCCUAUAGUUCAGGUGAACUUGUCCAACACCGAUGAUACAGCCUGGAAAGAUAGGGAAGCUGCUGUUUUGGCUCUUGGCGCCAUUGCUGAAGGUUGCAUUCAUGGUCUUUAUCCUCAUUUAUCUGAGAUCGUCACGUUUCUAAUCCCUCUUUUAGAUGAUAAGUUUCCACUCAUACGAAGUAUUUCAUGCUGGACACUUUCUCGUUUCAGCAAAUUUAUUGUUCAGGGUAUUGGACAUCAAAAAGGCUAUGAGCAAUUUGACAAGGUUCUUAUGGGUCUUCUGCGAAGAAUAUUGGAUCCUAACAAGAGGGUGCAAGAGGCUGCUUGUUCAGCUUUUGCAACACUGGAAGAGGAGGCUGCUGAAGAGCUGGCACCACGCUUGGAAAUUAUUUUGCAGCAUCUAAUGUGUGCUUUUGGGAAAUAUCAGAGACGGAACCUCAGAAUUGUAUAUGAUGCUAUUGGAACCUUAGCAGAUGCUGUUGGAGAGGAGCUAAAUCAGUCCAAGUAUCUUGACAUUCUGAUGCCUCCAUUGAUUGCAAAGUGGCAACAACUUUCUAAUUCAGACAAGGACAUCUUUCCGCUUCUGGAGUGUUUUACAUCCGUAGCACAGGCAUUGGGUAAUGGAUUCUCUCAAUUUGCCGAGCCUGUAUUUCAGAGGUGCAUAAGCAUCAUCCAGACACAAGAAUUGGCAAAGGUCGAUUCUGUUUCAGCAGGGGUUCAAUAUGAUAAAGAGUUUGUUGUAUGCUGUCUUGAUCUGCUCUCUGGACUUGCAGAGGGUCUUGGCAGUGGGAUAGAGAGUCUGGUUUCACAUAGUAAUUUGAGAGAACUGCUUCUGCAAUGUUGCAUGGAUUAUGCUUCUGAUGUCCGACAGAGUGCCUUUGCCCUUCUUGGGGACCUGGCGAAAGUAUGCCCUGUUCAUUUGCAACCCCGUCUGUCUGAAUUUCUUGAUGUUGCAGUGAAGCAACUGAGCACUCCUAAUCUAAAGGAUACUCUUUCCGUAGCAAAUAAUGCAUGUUGGGCCAUCGGGGAAUUAGCGGUUAAGGUCCGUCAAGAAAUCACUCCAGUUGUUUUGACAGUUAUUUCAUGCUUAGUCCCAAUACUUCAACAUGCAGAGGAACUCAACAAGUCACUCAUAGAAAAUAGUGCUAUAACACUUGGGAGGGUUGCCUGGGUUUGUCCAGAGCUUGUGGCACCACAUAUGGAACAUUUCAUGGAACCAUGGUGCAGUGCUUUGUCUAUGAUACGUGAUGAUGUUGAAAAGGAGGAAGCUUUCAGGGGUCUAUGUGCAAUGGUUAAAGUAAAUCCAUCAGGGGCGUUAGGUUCACUAGUUUUCAUGUGCAAAGCAAUUGCAAGUUGGCAUGAAAUAAGGAGUGAAGAUCUCCAUAAUGAUGUUAGCCAGGUGUUGCAUGGUUAUAAACAGAUGCUUAUAAAUGGAGUGUGGGACCAAUGUAUGUCUGCUUUGGAGCCCCCUGUGAAGGACAAGCUGUCAAAGUAUCUAGUGUAAUAAGUUUCUUACAGCAGAUGUAUUUUCUCUGCUGGCUCCCUUCUGCAGUGUGCUUAUUCAGAGUUUUGUGUCUGCAUCAUUACUGCCGGUCAUCUAUCAACUGUCCGAUAUUUUAUUGCGGUCAUGAUUAACCGAAGCAAAGUCCGGCCCUAUCUUCUCAGCGAAGCAUCGUAUUGACCCAAUUCAUUAAAGCUUGGAGUUAGCGAACUUGCUCUUCAGAACCUUAAUGGAAUGGUCAUUAUCUAGACAGCAUUUGUUUUGAGAAAAAUGAAGCCACUUAGGGUUGGGACAUGGAUAUGGUGUACAGGGGUGCAGCUUUCUAAGUUUUGAGAUAGAGUGUUCAUUUUUUCCUAUAUCUAUAAAAAGACUAAAUAUUUAUCAAUCGGUCUCUGGAGUCAUCAUUGUUAUUCCCUUUUCUGGGCUUAAGCAUUCUCUAUAGUUGAUGAACUUUCAGCGGAUAGGAUGUGUUUCCACAGAUUUUGUACUAGGUGUUUCAUUUUUUACAAGGGGCUUGACAUGUGAUCUUGUUGGACUGUAAUCUUUAUAUCGAGAUGGGAGUCAUUAUUCUUGCUGUGCAUUCAGCAGCAGUUUGGAUUCGAGUUGUGGCCUUGUGGGAGGAUUAAUUACUCCAUAACGAUGGUUUUUAUAAAUUAUUGGAUUGCAUUUUUACUCAACAUAACAAUGCAA